AGAGAGUCCCGGGCUUGGAAGGGAGAACCACUUGUAGGGUGAGACCAGAGGAGAGGAGAGGAGAGGAAGGCUCCCUGGCACCGGCCCAGCCCAACCCAGCCCGACCCAGCCAGCCUCGGGGCACACGGCUGAGAAGGAAGGCACCCUUCUUUUGGUUUGCUCUUGGAGCGUGAACAUGAGUCUGGAGACUGAUUCUGCCUCCUGACAGCCGGAGCAGGCGGCAAGGAGAGCCCUCCCAGAACGACUGCCCUGCUCCCUGCGAGGCGGGUGUGGGGGCCUGACUGAGCACUUCUCUGGCCCCUCUUUGGAGGCCCUGACAUCUGGCCUGGGUUGUGAGCAAGCGGAGAGGAGGAGGAUGGGGCAGCAGCGACAACCGCAGCAUCAGGAGGGGCCUGGGGGUCUCCCUGGGGCCCUAUGAAGGACAGCAGCCAGGCAGGGCAGAAGGAACCCAGCCCAGCCCCACCCCCUGGGGAGCCUUCCUGAGCAGGUGCCCAACUGCCUUACACUUUGGCUCCUCCAGACUUUGAGAGAGUCAGUCCCACUGAAGGGAAGACCCACUCCCCUGGCCCAUGGGGCUUGGCCCCCCUCCUGCCUUCUCCUGGCCCCUCUUACCAGCACAGUGAGCUUGUCUCUGUCAGGCUCCGGGGCCCCCAGGUGCCCAUACUCAUGAGAACCCAGGGGCUUUGGGGAAAGGGAUACUGAACCUUGAACCAGAAAGCUGGGAUCACCAGCUUAGUGUCCUUGAACACCUGCCUGGCCAGGGCCCUCGAACUCUGUGCCCAGAGACUCCAUCCUUCAGCUCACUGCCUUUGGACCGGACUCUUGGCUCCCUGCCAUCUUCUCUGGGCCCAAAGUCCCUAGCCCUGACCUUCUGAGCCCAGAGCCCAUCUGCCUGCUCCCACCCCUCUGGGAGUGUGUCUGUCCAUCCGUCUGUCUGCAGACCUGGGCUGCCUGCCCUGCCCCUGACCCCAACAUGAGGCUGUGGGUCUGGGCUGUGGCCAUAGCUCUCCUAUGGCAGCACCUGGCCCUCCUCAGGGGCAUCAGCGCCAAGAGGGAACGCAAGAAGGCCAAGGAGAUGAUGCAGUACACGGAGCCCUUCAAUGCCACCGUCUCCAACAGCGAGGAACUGCCUGGGCACCCCAAGCCUCCAGAGGCUCCAGGUCCCGAGCUCACAGAUGCCCACAAGACUUGGCUGAACUUUGUCCGGAGGCCAGAUGAUGUAACCCCCAGGAAGAAAUGCAAGGGGAAAGAUAAGAGAUUACGUGGCCUCGUGGGCCCCCCAGGGCCCCCAGGGCCUGCUGGUCCCCCAGGCCCCCCAGGGGCUGAAGUUACCCAGGAAGCCCUAUUGCAGGAGUUCAAGGACAUGCUGAAAGAGGCCACAGAGCGCCGGGCAGCCACGGCGGCUUUGGCCCAGCCGAGCCAACGGCCCCUAGACUCCUUGGUGGCCCCCUAUAGGCGGGUGGAAGAAGCUUUCCAUUGCAAGCUGAAAGCCCAGCUGGUCAUUGACAAGAAGACCCUGAUGGAGCUACACAACUUCCAGGCGCCCCUGGCCAAGGGGGCCUUCCUGAGGGGAUCAGGCCUGAACCUUUCUACAGGCCGUUUCACUGCCCCUGUGUCUGGCAUCUACCAAUUCUCGGCCAACGUGCACAUUGAUCACAGCGAGCUGAAGAGCCGCGCCCAGCUGAGAGCCCGAGACAAUGUCCGUGUGCUGAUCUGUAUUGAGUCCUUGUGUCACCAACACACGUCCCUGGAGGCGAUCACCGGCCUGGAGAGUAACAGCAGGGCCUUCACGGUGCACAUCCAGGGCCUUCUGCAGCUUCAGGCCGGUCAGUACACCUCCAUCUUCGUGGACAACAGCGCCGGGGCCGCCCUCACCAUCCAGAAUGGCUCGGACUUCAUGGGGCUGCUCGUGGGGCUGUGAUCCAGAGGGGAGGCCAAGCAGCUCACAG